AUGGACAAUGCAAGAAGUGAUGACACAGCGGGGUCCUCGGAUGCCCGAAUGAACAGAAUGGAACAAAUGCUUGCCACUUUAACUGAAAUAGUAAUGCAACAACAGAGGCAACAACCUUUACCACCUCCACCCUUGCCGGUUCAAGUUGAAAUGGGCAACAACGACAUAAUUACCAUGACUCAGAAAUUCAUGAAGAUAAAGCCGCCAACUCUCUUAGGUGGCAUUGAACCACUAAAGACAGAAACUUGGCUACUAGAGAUGGAAAAAUUAUUUGAAGUGUUUUCCUAUUUUGAGGUUCAUAAAAUUUUAUUAGCCACCUACACUCUGAAAGAUGAAACUCGAAGAUGGUGGUUACUAGUUCGGAGUGGUAAUGAGAAUAUGACAUGGACUCAAUUCAAUACAGUUUUCUAUGACAAGUACUUUCCCCAGUGCUUCCGAGACCGAAAGGUUUCAGAAUUCUAG